AUGACCAAAAACACAAAAUCAACCAUAUCGGAGCAACAAGAACCCAAAGUUGACGAAGAUGAUGAAUUUUUAAUGGCUCAUCAUGAUUAUUUUCUCGGAGGAAAAGCCAACAACAACAAGUUCGGUGGUUCUCCAUUCACAUCAACAACAUCACCAUCAUACAAUAGAGAACUGAUCGGAGAACUCAUCGAACGAUCUCACUUAAGCUCAUCCAUAGAUUCCAAUGACCUUGAAAAACUAGCUUCGGAAUUAUCUUCUCUGAGCAUUGGAAUUUCAAGUGUUCCGAUGAUGUCACCAGCACAUCAUUCUCGUGUAUAUAAAGACUUUGGAAGUUUAGUAUCAUCACCACAAAUUUCUUCUUCAGUCGAAGACAGUUCUUUAUCCAUAAUUCCCUCCCAAAGAAACAAAUAUUCCGAGCAUGGCUCAUACAAACUGGAAUUGCAACGAAAAAAGAUUGAAUUUGAAAGAAUUUUAAGGGAAUCUCAAAUUCAAUUCGCUGACCAGGAAGCUCAGUUUAAAAACGAAAAACAUUAUUUGGAGAUGGAAAUUUUAAAAUAUAAAACCCAGCUGGAACAAACGGAAAAAAAGCUCGCAACUCUUCAGUCAAACAUACAGCAAUUGGAGCGUCGACAACACGACGAUCAGGAAAAAAUUAUGAGUGCUGAAACAAUUGUAGCAGAAGCAAGAGAGAAUACACAACAAUAUAAACAAGAAAAUAAUGCUCUCAAAGAAAACAUUUUAGAAUUGACAAGAACACUCGAAAAAUCAGAGCAAGAGAAGUCUCAGUACAAGCGACAGUACGAAAGCUUGGUGCAAGAGCAUAAAUCUCAAGUGGAACUUUUAGAAAAACGAUGUCAAAAAGUAGAAUCCGAGCUUAACUCGAGAAUCAUUUCACUCGAAGAACAUAAAGCCAAAGGAGAAAUGUUCGAUGCUGUCAACCUUAAAGCAAAAAACUAUGAAGAUGACGCCAGACGUUAUCAACUUGAACUCGAUGUUUCCAAGAACGAGCUUGAUAAAUUACGUGAAGAGCACAACGGAUUGCUCAUGGAAAUGACAAACUUAAAGCAGCAAGUGGAAUUAUUGAAAAAUGAUAAAAUGUAUUUAUCAAAGGAGGUUGAAUCAAUACGUAGCGACAGAGCAAGAGACGAAAAUGAAAUUGUCAGGCUUGAAAACAAGGUGAAAGAAAUGAGAAAAGAGAAGAAGGCCUUGUACGAUCGGUUAUUGACAGUGAAGGAAGAAUCGAAAACAGAAUACGAAAGGCAUUUGCAAGAGGAAAUUCAACAGCUUCGAAACAAAACUCAGCAAGAUUUGGAAUCCAUCAAACAAAAUUCACAAGAAGUUUUUGAAAGAGAAAACCGAUUAAUACGUGAAUCAAAAGAAGCAGCAGAGUCUCAAGUUGAAAAAUUGAAACGACAGCUAGAAGACAGCAGAGAUGCUCACAACAAUCUCAUGAUUGAAUAUAAUACAUUGAAGAGUGUGAUGGAAAAGCAAAUGAGCGAGAUGAGAACGCAAGCUAACAUCAAAAUCUUUGAGAAUGAACGACUGCAAGUUACCUUAAUGGAUACCAUUGAAAACUUGAAACAAUGUAAAAAGGAGAACGAAAUUUUAAACAAAAAGCUCGAUGUUAUGAAAACUGAAUGCUAUACACUCCAAAGCACAAUGGGAAAGAAAAUAACUGAAUUAGAAACCAAGUAUGAAGCCUCCAUGAAAGAAUUAAAUCAGUAUCAGCAUUUGGAAAAAGACCUAGAUACCAUCAUGCAAAUAAGUGGUCAGGAAAAUUCUUCUACUCAAUCUGAAAGGAUAGCGAGUGAAAUAUCAUCACUUGUUCCAACAGGAAAACGAGUGAAAAAUAGUAUUCAGUUAGCCAAAAAGGUAUUCGAUUUGGAAAAGCAGCUUGCUCAAAAAACCACAGACUUGGACAAUGCAGAAAAAGAAAUUACCACAUUGACUGAGCGAUUGAACAAGACUAAAAAACAUUUAGAGACAGCUGCACAACCCUACAAUUACCUCAUAAAAUCGAUCGAAGAAAAGGACAAAGAAAUGGACGCUCUCAAGAAAAACCUAAGAACAUUAGAGAAAGAUUUCAAACAUCUCAAACAUGAAAACGAAAAGUUAAGGAAAAUCAAAUCAAGACUAGAGCAAGAUAUUGAUCAAUUACUUCAACACAACAAUGUCACAUCGAAGCUAAAAGAUCUUCUUCUAAGUUUAAAGCAUGAACAAGAACGAGGGGUGGAAGAAAUCUCCCAUCCUAGCACACAGCUAACAAUUUGA